AUGAUCAAUCAAGCAAGGAGCUAUAUUUUUGUCAAGAGGGAGUCCUUGGGAAAGACACCUUUUACUGGUGCACCACAACGAGGACCGCCUAAACCACCAGGAGCACCAGGAAACGAACGACGGACAGGCAGAGCACCGGGACAAGAUGGACAAUCGGGACAAGACGGAAUACGUGGAGUUCCUCAAACAGGACCACCACAUCCAUCAGGACCCUCAAACAACAACCUUCGCAAAGAUAUCUUCUCCUGCGGUUUAUAUGCGGCUGGUGGAGGGGCGGGUGUAGGUGGCUGCGGCGGAUGCCAAUGUACUGUUCAAGCUUUUGAAUGCCCAGCUGGAACACCAGGACCACCGGAAGCGGCUGGACCUGAUGAAGAACCAGGACAAGCUGACCAAGAUAGACAGCCAGGGUCCGCUGGACUUUCCGGAACUGCGAAAGUGCUACCACCGGGAGAAGCUGGGUCUGAUGGAGGACCAGGACAAGCUGCACAAGAAGGACCACCAGGCUCUGCCGGACAAGCUGAUUCCGGAAAUGCUAAACAACAAUUUAUCCCAUGCUCAGCUGGACCACCAGGACCACCAAGACCAGAUGUAUCCCCAGGAAUGCCAGGACCAGACGGACAAGCUGGAGGUGCACCACCACCAGAACCGCCUGGACCACCAGUAGCCCCUGGAAACGACAAAAAGCCAGGAGCAACAGAACAAGAUGGACAAUCGGAAGAACCAGGAACUUCUAUCAUCAACUCUCCAGGAGUACCAGGACCUGCUAAACCUUUAGUAUCCCCUGGACAACCAGGACAUUACGAAAGAAGCGGAGUUGCUCCAGCAGGAUCACCAGGGAACAACGGACAGCCAUGA